CCGCCGCCGUCGCUUCGACUGCGGAGCAGCGCAGCCAAUCAGAGAGGGCGGCGCUUACCAACUGAACAGGGCGCGUAAGAACGGGGGGGGAAGCGAGAGGCACGAGGUCCAGCUGAAGAACAUGGCUUCAAAGAGCGCGCCUCUGACAAGACUGUUCCUUAUCGCCCUCUCUGCCAUCAGCGUCUCUCGCGCUCAGAGCCCACAGGCCUUCCAAAGAAAGCAUGUCACCUUCCUGGAUCACAUAGACCACAACCGAUGCAACAGCGAGAUGCGAAACAAGAGGAUUGCUCAGACCACCAGCGGAUGCAAACGCCUCAACACUUUCAUCCACGCUCCCAAGGAACUCGACCAGGCUUGCGUUGCGGGGAAGCCCUACGUGAUCCAGAAUCUGGAAUAUAAAAAGAGCCCCCAGAAAUUCCGCGUCACCAACUGCAGGCUCUCUCAGGAUCACGGGAACGACUGCGAGUACAUGGCGGAAGCCAGUAGCUGGAGAUACAUUGUCGUGUCUUGCGACCAAAAUAACCGGCCGGUCCAUCUGGCCCGGACGCUCUCUGAUACGACGGCCGGCAAGCAGGACGAGAAACAGCCAAGUUGGAACCCGACGCCGAAACCGCCUGGCUCCGCAAGUGCCGCAAACUUCUCCCAUUGGUUUCUCGGGCAGGGGAGCUUGCGCACGGGAUGUUUUGGGGCAGGGCUGCUCGUUUUCUAUCUCCUCCUUUUCUCAUGCCUUUAAGAGGGAAAUUGUUUCAGGUGAAGACUGUCUCUGCUACAUUUCCUUGGGUCAGUCUGGUGCAAAAGGUGCAAGGGUAGAGCUAGUGGAAAGGGGUGGCAGCCAGGGGAUCCAUAAUCCCACUUGCUGCACUUCCUACAAUGAGUGUCUUUACCCCCUACCCCAGUCCCAGGCAACCAUGACACCCUACGAAGCGCCCUGCUUGAUCAGACCCAAAGGGGGCCAACUAGUCCAGCAUCUGCAACCAACCAGAUGUCUCUGGGAACCCCACAAGCAGGCCCCGAGAGCAACAGCAGCUCUCCGCACUUGCGAUUCCCAGCCACCGGCUUUCAGGAGCAUACUGCCAGCAUGCUCCCAUCAUUUGCAGGUGAAGACUCUCUAUAGUCUCACACCAAGGAGCGCUGUCUAAGGCUGCAUCUGCACUAUACGUUUAAAGCAGGAUCACACCACUUUAGUUAUGGCUUCCCCCAAAGGAACCUGGCAACUGUAGCUUGUUAAGGGUGCGGAGUGGUGUUAGGAGGUCCCAAUUCCCCUCACAAGGCCACAGUUCCCAGAGUGGUUUAACAAUCAAUCCCUCUUCCCAGGGAACUCUGCAAAUUGUAGCUCUGUGAGGGGAAGAAGGGGUCUUCAAAACAACCUCUUCUUUAAAGCCCAGAAACAAUUUUCAGUUCUCUGUAUGCAACAGCGACAGACAACUGUGUUCCAUCAUCGCUCAUCUGGUUUUACGAACACCAUCGUGCUUUUUAUUUUUGUACCUUGAAAGUUUCUCCCCUUCUUGAUAUUUUUAUAUCUAACUACCUUCGUUGGUUUUAAUAUAUGUAGUCUAUUUCCUCCCUAUCUGCUUCAUCCCUUCCUCUCCUUUGCGCUUUCCAGUUACUCUUUUCUUACCACCGUUCUGCAUAUUGUGUAAUUACAAGACAGAAAAAGGGGGGGGGGAGGGCCUUAACAGAUGAUGGCUAUUAAAAUGAAAAUUCAAAUAUGCAAGACAAACAAGAACACUCAGCACCCUUAACAAACUACAGAUCCCAGGAUUCUUUGGGAGAAGCCAUGACUAUUUAAAGUCGAGAAGUGAGAAAGGACCGGGAACCCAAAACGAGAAAAGAUCAGGAACCCAAAACAAACUAGACAUCUGGCAACUUCCUGAUAUGGCUCAUACUGUAGUAAUGGAGAGUAGAAAAACACAGGGUAAAGCUAUAUGUACAUAAUGGCUAGAUGAAAAUGAGUUGACACGCUAGGACCUGAGGAAAGGGGAACUCAUACCUCGGAAAGCUUUGUGUAGGCACAAGAGAACCUGUGCCCAUGGCCUAAGUGCUGGUUUUGGGGUCAGGAUAUUUAAGGGACACAGCAGGGAACAUGCAGACCCAAAAGAAAAGUCGAUGAGGGAAGCAUCAGGGCAAGGAAGUAGGGUCUGGUGACCAAGGCUACUAGCCAUGAUGUUUGCCACCCUAGUCAGAGGCAGCAUGCUUCUGAAAACCAGUUGCCGGAAGCCUCAGGAGGGGAGAGUGUUCUUGCACUCGGGUCCUGCUUGCGGGCUUCCCCCAGGCACCUGGUUGGCCACUGUGAGAACAGGAUGCUGGACUAGAUGGGCCACUAGCCUGAUCCAGCAGGCUCUUGUUAUGUUCUUAAGGCGACCACACAAGAACAAGGAACCGAGUUAGAGUGGAGUGGAAAGUAAAGGGACUCCAAAUUUAGCCGGUUCAAUCGUGAUUCUUAAAACGCAGGUGACAUAUAUGACAGACUUUAGGGCUGGACCUGAAGUAAGUCCUUCACCUAUAAGAACUGGAUGCCCGAGCCUAGGAAUUUUGUCUUCUCUUCAGGAGAGUCCUGUUUCCCAUUCUUCAGAAAAUGUAGCUAGCUCUUUGCUUGUAAAUAUGUUCUGUUGCUUUAACCAUUAGACUUCUGCAGGGAAGCAAUUUAACCAUUGUAGAGGGCUACAAUCUUAGUAAACCUUUUAUAAAUCAUUAUUCAUUUCACUUCUGGUUGACUGGUAUUUGUGUCAAUACUUUAACUCCCAUUCCCAGAACCUGGGCAGUGACAGCUUGAAGGACUGUCAGGCAGUCAGAUUUGCUAAAAUCAGACAGAUUUCUCUCUCAGAGGGGGCACUAAAUUAAAUUAUUUCGCCACAAUCAGCUGCUCGCAACUGGAAGAACCUGGACAAUUUAUGUAUUGACUGCUGGCAACCACAAAUUUGGUCUGUUGCACUCACGGAGAAACUCACCAAACAAAUACGGGCCUUAAACAGGCUAACAAAAUAAUGACUUUACUGAAACUUGGUAUACUUUUAUUAUUCAAGGGAAUAAGUAAACUUUGCAUCCACUAACUGCACAUGGCAAUCUCUGGCAAACUCUUCUUGGGUAACUCUUAUAUUUGGGUGGUAUUGGGGAUAUUAUUUCUGUCUUUAUAACCUUUGUUAUUCUUUUAUAUGUAAAACAAAAAUUAAGAAGAACCCUAAUAAAAACACCCACAACCAUUUGUCGGCCCAUGGUGCCAACUCAAAUGUUUAGGGAUUGUGCCCAAAGGUAUUUACCACUUCAGUAGAAGAGAGCACUGGCUUCCCUUCUUUAGGUGUUAUUAGUAAUCAAUUUGGGGAAAAUAGCACACAUUGACUUUGGGUUUUCCAUUCUUCCAUUAUGGACACUUUUUCUAAUCGCCAGUAUCUAGCUUAUAAAGCUCUUGCUGCAAGAACCAUAUAAGAAAGCUCUUUUUGAUAUUUUCUAAUUAUAUUCAAUGCAUAAUUGAAUAAAAUAAGACCUA